CACAAAUUGAGGUUGUCGGGUGCCUUCUCGAUUUUACAACGCUAGAGAUCAGAAACGGUUGGUCAUACUUUGGUUGGCGACUCAUCUCAACAGUUACUCUCUGCACAGAAUUCGAGUCUUAACUCGUGCUAUUUACGCGUCACAGCCCUAGUAUUGUGGAAAACAGUACACGAGAUAAAUGACUCCCAGGAAGUGGUAUGUACUCACCAAAAUUGACGCAGAAAGAAAGAGAGCUGACACAUAUGAUUCUCGAAAAGGACGCCCAUGUCGCUCUCCAGCUCACUUUCCAGCCCUCGCGAUGACUGUUAUCCAGACGAGGAGUCAAUCCGAUCUAAAUACUCUCGAGCAUCUGGCGCCACGCAAACACCACACACCGUCACGCUAGCACUCACGACAUGGAACCUGAUCUCGCACGACUCUCGAACCCCGCACGAACCACAAAAGCGAAGCGUUCAGUACAUCGAAACCUGGAACCUAAAAGUUUUGCUGGAACUGUACCCUCAAAUAAUUGGUCGUCAUCCGGGUAUCAAACCACCCCACCAGAAGCAAUUGGCUCUCAAGACCAUGGAAAACCUGCAUGACGAUAUCGAUUUCCUGGAGACCAAAUUGGCCGCUUUGAACGAAGCAAAGCGUGUUCUGAGCUCCCAGAACUUCUGCCAGCUUGGAAAGGUGGACAAUGUCGCGUUUCUUGGUGCUCUGAACCUUUCUACCAAGCAGCGGGAGGUGGAGAUCGAGAUAGUUCAGGGGCAGAUUGAGAGUUUGGAGACUGAGUUCUACGAUUUGAAGCUUGAGGUCUUUGGAGAAGAUGAGGAUGAUGAAGAUGAGGUUAGGACUGGAUCUGACGAGGUUGCGAGUGACGAAGCUGAAAUUGAUGUUGCAGGAGAUUUUAGCAAGCGACCAACCUCGAUGAUUCAUUUGAGUAGCGGUAUUGGUAGUGUGCGUCGCAGUUUGGGGCAGAGUUUUGAUUCUCCAGAUGAAGAUCGUAGGAGCUCGUUGUAA